GGAGCCGCCCCCCCGCCGCCAGCCCUCCUGCUGAGGCGGACGGGCGCCCUCCGUAGGGCGCGCUCACGUUCGGAGAGCGGGAGGGGCGGGCGCGCGGGGCGCGGCCAAUCAGGGGCGCCCACGACCCACCCCGGAGCGGUUGGAGCCGCGGGCGCCGGGGCGCCGCCAGUGUCGCGGCGGAGAUGGUGUGUCCCGCGGCCUCCGCCGGCCGCCUGGGCUCCGCGCUGCCCUUCCUGCUCGUGCUUUUCGACCUGCAGUACCAGGGAGCUGAAUGUGGAAUAAAUGCAGAAGUAGAAAAGCAACUUGAAAUGGGAAAGAAAUUAUUGGCUGCUGGACAGCUAGCAGAUGCUUUGUCUCACUUUCACGCAGCUAUAGAGGGAGACUCCGAUAACUACAUUGCUUAUUACAGAAGAGCCACAGUGUACUUAGCCAUGGGCAAAUCAAAAGCAGCAAUUCGUGAUUUAAGUAAAGUGGUUGAAUUAAAGCAGGACUUCACAUCAGCGAGAUUACAGAGAGGACACUUACUGCUCAAGCAAGGAAAAUUUGAUGAAGCAGAGGAUGACUUUAAAAAUGUGCUCAAAUCCAAUCCUAGCAAUAAUGAGGAAAAAGAAGCCCAGACUCAGCUGACAAAAUCUGAUGAGCUACAGCGCCUGCAUUCACAAGCAUUAUCUGCCUACCAGCAAGAAGAUUACGAAGCCGCUAUUUCUCUUCUUGAUGAAAUCUUGGCAGUUUGUGUUUGGGAUGCAGAGCUACGGGAACUUCGAGCUGAGUGUUAUAUAAAGGAAGGAGAACCAAGCAAAGCCAUUAGUGACUUGAAAGCUGCUGCCAAAUUAAAGAACGAUAACACUGAAGCCUUCUAUAAAAUCAGCAGAAUAUAUUAUCAGUUGGGGGACCAUGAAUUGUCACUCAGUGAAGUCCGGGAGUGUCUGAAACUGGACCAAGAUCACAAACAAUGCUUCUCUCUGUAUAAACAAGUAAAGAAACUCAAUAAGCAGAUUGAGUCAGCAGAGGAAUUCAUCCGAGAAGGCAGGUAUCAAGAUGCUAUCAAUAAGUAUGAUUCUGUAAUGAAAACUGAGCCAGAUGUCCCAAUUUAUGCUACUCGUGCCAAAGAAAGGAUCUGCCACUGCUUAUCAAAGAAUCAGCAGGCUGCAGAAGCCAUAAAAGUUUGUACAGAAGUUCUGCAACUGGAGUCAACCAAUGUGAAUGCCCUGAAAGACAGAGCAGAAGCUUAUUUGCUGGAAGACCUUUAUGAAGAAGCUAUUAAAGACUAUGAGACUGCUCAAGCCAAUAGUGAAAAUGACCAGCAGAUUCGGGAGGGGCUGGAACGUGCCCAGAAGAUGCUGAAGCAAUCACAGAAGAGGGAUUACUAUAAAAUCUUGGGAGUGAAAAGAAAUGCUCGAAAGCAGGAAAUCAUAAAAGCUUACAGAAAGCUGGCAUCGCAGUGGCACCCUGAUAACUUCCAGAGUGAGGAAGAGAAGAAGAAAGCAGAGAAAAAAUUCAUUGAUAUAGCAGCUGCUAAAGAAGUCCUCACUGACCCAGAAAUGAGGCGGAAGUUUGAUGCGGGAGAAGACCCACUGGAUGCAGAGAGUCAGCAGGGCGGAGGAAACCCCUUCCACAGGAACUGGAACACGUGGCAAGGAUUCAACCCCUUUGGAUCGGGAGGAGGACCAUUUACAUUCAAAUUUCACUUCAGUUAGAGCUAAGACUGUUUCCGGUGGCUGCUGCUGUUUUUUACUUAAUUCGUUGAAAAAUAAAAAGUCUCUCAGUUCAAGACCCCAAAAUCUUAAUUUCUGAUGUUGUCCUUAACCCAGAGUCUUACUGCACUGGAAGAAAGUUCCUUCUUUCUUUUAGAAUUCAGAGGCUUUGCUUUGUGGUGAACUUGCCAAGCUCAUACUGGGGGGGUUUGUUACUGCCUAUUUGUUGUGGUUAUACAGGACAUGUUGAUUCCUAUGGAUGAAAAAACCAGUAAGAGGCUACGCAGGACAACACUUAAAUUUAGGACUCAAGUAUAUGCUUAAAAGUAAAAAUGCAUGUAAAUAUUUUUCUGGAUUGGGGCCUAAUAAACAUGGAAAAGGUGGUUACAAUAGUCUCUGCGUUAACAAACUGUUAGCUGUUGUGCUGGGCAGAAUGAUCCAUCUCUCAGUAUUCGUUUAAGGAACCUCUGGGGACCACCUACUCCUGUAUUACUGUUGGCAGUGCCAUAGGUGGGGUGGAAAGGCUGUGUGUGGAACGAGUCCCAACGACUGCUCUCAAAGAAGAUUGCUUGUAAGUAAUUGUGUUUGAAAAUGUCUGCUCACUUCAGUCACUAACCUGGAAUGAAUUGGGGUCAUUGCCUUGGCGGUAAUUAUCAACUCUGAAGGUAAAAAAAUAGACCUGAUGUGUUUUGAAAGACCUUUUCUGAAUGUAAUUUGGGAUGUUUUGGUAUCAUGUUUGAGUAGUUCGCACUUUAUCAAAAUACCUGCUUGAGAUUUGAGCAAAAAAUUUGAUGUGAUGUUUCCCUGACUGUGCAGCAAUUUGUUACUUCUCUGUACAUCAACUCAGAGCUGGUUCAGGUUGCGAGGGGAGUGGGAAUAGGGCAUUCAUUCUAGCCUUACCAUGUAACACGACUUCAGUUCUGCUGGGUGCUGCCACAGUGAGUUAAUAGUAUGUGAAACUGAUGUAAUCUUGUUUUGUGUAACAGCCACAGUGCUGCAAAAGCAAUUGUGUGCAAAAAGACGGAUUCACUUCCCAUUAGCCAAGAGUCUGAUUUAUUUUUUCGAGAUGCAUGUAGCUAAUACUGGUUUAGGGUGACUGAUGGAAAUGUGUGACCGUGAUGUGAGGGGUUACAGGGCAGUCACUGUUGGGAGUCAUCUUCUGUAGCUGAGUACUGAGUUUCAGCAGCAGCCAUGCUCUUAGAAUGCAAGAAUUGCAGUUCAUCAGUGUUGUCUUGAUUGGAUUUUAACUGGAGAACAGUAGUCAGUUGAUGGAGCCUUCUCUCACUUCAGUUCACGUGUUUGAAAGCAUACACAGCCUCAGUAAAACAGAUGAAGUUGGCACAUAAGGCCUUCCGUCUCAGUUUCUUUUUUAUGACUGCAAUCGGAGUUGCUGUUGAAGCGUAACCCUUGUCUCCUGCCUCAAGUACUUUUACAAAUGUAAUUGUGAGGCCAUGUGACAUCCUAAAAUGUUUUUCAACAGCAAUUUAAAGGUCAGUGUUUGUUCAGCAGAAAUUUAUCAUCAAGCUGAAGAGCGCAUGCGCUGAUUGCAAAGAGUCCAUGGUACAAAACCACCCCCGCAGCCUGUUGAACUCCAGUGUUGGCUGUUUUCCAAGUUCAAUGGCUUUCUAGAAGUUGGAUUUCUGCUUUUGACCUGUCUCAAGGAUGUUUGUUUAAACUGUAGGAUGCUGCUCCCACUGUUGUAGGCUAGUGUGGUUCUCCUGGGACCUCCAAGGCUCAGACAUAGGAAUGUCCUGCACAACAAAUAACCUGUGGCCCCUGGUGUCAGCCUCUGCGUGUGUGCUUCUUGCUCACAGUAGGUAAAAAUCAGGUUGGCAGCUUCCACCAAGAGCAGCAGCUCUGGGGGUUGCUGGUGGUGCGUGUUUAUGUGCCCCCCGUAUAAACUCUUACAUUGCCUUGUCCACUACAGAACGGGCUGUUUUAAACUGGUAUUAAGGCUCCAGGGAGACCUUAGAGCAGCCUUCUACUACCUAACGCGUCCUACAAGAAAUCUGGAGAGGGACUUUGUAAAAAGGCAUAUAGGGAUAGAACAAGGGCUAUCCCUUGUUCUAAUGGCUUUAAGCUGAGACGGGAGAUUCAGAUUAGCUAUUAGGAAGAAAUUCUUCCCUGUGAGGGUGGUGAGACACCGGCACAGGUUGCCCAGAGAAGCUGUGGCUGCCCCAUCCCUGGCAGCGUUCAAGGCCAGGCUGGACAGGGCUUUGAGCAACCUGGUCUAGUGGUAGGUGUCCCUGCCCAUGGCAGUGGGGUUGGAACUAGGCAAUCUUUAAGGUGCUUCUGACCCAAACUGUUCUGUGAUUGAAUGACCAGUGUGAGCAGCAUGUCAUGUUUGUGCAUGCAGGAGUGGUGUUUGGUCUCAGGAGGUCACAGGAAAUGCCGCAGGGAACUCUGCUUGUGUGUUAGGGAAGUGCUUGGAAUGAUAAACCAGCUCUUAAAGGUCUGCCCUCAUUCAGUUUUUUUGUUGUCAUCCCAUUUUAAAACCUUUAGCUAAGAAAACUUUCCUGGAAAUCUUAAUUUUUAUUCUUCUAGGAAUGGAUUAGGAUGGUCCCUCAUAAGUAAAUGAUCAGGACAAAGUGCUGACACCAGAGUGGUGUGGAUUUGUUUCUCUAACGCAGCAGGCAGUUGUGGUGAGCACUGCAAGCAGGCGGGAACAUAAGGAUUAUGUUUAUUUUUUAGAAUGAAUGGGAAAGGGAAAAAUACAUAUUAAGGGGGGGUAUGCUUGGAUGUAGUCAGUAGAUGAGGGAAGAUGAUUGUGCUGCUCAUACAUUCCUUCUGUGGAAGACAGUGUCAUAAAAACAAACCUAAACCCAGCAGUGGUGAGCAAGGCACUCUGGUAUUAAAGUUAUCACUGAGAAGAGGCAUUACUGCUCGGGUGCUGCUCUUCAGGGAGCAGAUGCUGGCUUAUAGCUCUGAGGGACCUCUGAAAAUACAGGGAGACAGAACUUGUGUGAGAAAGCAAGCCUCUGUGUUUCCAGCAUCUCCAGACUUCAGAAAGCAAAGUGCUGGUGCCACGCGGAGUGUUGAAGGUUCAGGCGAUGCACCAGGGAACAGAAUUUGCCUUUUUAUUUAUUGUGGGUGUCUGUAGUGCAAUAAUGUUCACUAACUGAACAUUGAAGUAGAUGUCUUGGUAGCUUGUAAACCCUGAGGUGUGCAUGAAGAAUCGUUACAAUAAUUGGCCUAUGUGUAGAUACAAACUUUCUCGUUCAGUUUUAAUAAGCUUGUUUCCAACUUGUUUUACAAUGAAGGGGGGGAGGUGAGAAGCAUAUUUUACUUGAUACUUGCUUAAUACUGAUGUAUUAAUAAAUCAGUAUUAAACCGGGUUUAAAGUGAAUUAUAAACUUAAGAGCUCAGACUUGUGACAUAUGCAGAAAGUGUCAGCUGAAACUUUAUUAUUUUAAUUUAAGCUUGUUAUAGUUUCAGUUUCAGUGUUUGGAACAAGAAUUACUCUUCUCUUUAGGGCUAUGACUUGUAGGACCCUGGCUGGAAACUACCCAGUUCAGCCUGGCAGGUUAGUUGUAUUUAAAAGUGCCUUAUUGGAAGGUAUUGUUUGUUUGCUCUGUAAUCCACGCUUCUAUCCAUAAAAUAACAACAAAAUAAAUGGAAGAAUAAUUUUUUUUCCCCUCAGCAAAUCUCAAUGUAGUGGGGUUGUGUUGUAAGAAGGAGAAGUAAAACUAGCCAGAGAUAUAUCAAAUGUUUCAAAUGAUAAAAUGUCUUUAUAUCAAAUCACGAAUCUAAAAAGCAAGAACUGUUUUUUCUAGAACUGUGGGAAUUAUUUUAUGGUAUUUUUCACAAUAAAGAUAUUUAUGAUGACAAGAAA